GAAUCUACAAAGGACAUUGCUUCCGAAUCAACCACUUCCCUGAAGACAAUGACUAUGACCACGACAGCUCAGAAUACCUUCUCCGCAUCGUCCGUGCCUCCAGUGUGUUCCCCAUCCUAAGCACAAUAUUGCUGUUGCUGGGAGGACUCUGUGUUGGAGCAGGAAGGAUUUACAACAGCAAAAACAACAUUAUUCUCAGCGCUGGGAUUCUCUUUGUUGCAGCAGGACUAAGUAAUAUCAUCGGGAUCAUUGUCUACAUAUCAAGCAAUGCAGGUGACCCAAGUGACAAGCGAGAUGAGGACAAAAAGAACCAUUACAACUAUGGCUGGUCUUUUUAUUUUGGAGCCUUGUCUUUUAUUGUGGCCGAAACCAUAGGUGUUCUGGCUGUGAACAUUUAUAUUGAGAAGAACAAAGAGCUGAGGUUUAAGACCAAGAGGGAAUUCCUUAAGACUUCUUCCAGUUCUCCUUAUGCCAGGAUGCCAAGUUAUAGGUACAGGAGGCGGAGGUCCAGAUCCAGUUCUCGAUCUACAGAGCCUUCUCCAUCUAGAGACAUUUCUCCGGUUGGCAUGAAGAUAGCAAGCACCAUUCCCAUGAACGAAAUUUCCAUGUACACGCUUUCCAGAGAGCCUUUGAAGGUCACAACAGCUGCCAGCUACAACGCAGACCAAGAAGCCAGUUUUCUGCAGGUUCACAACUUCCUUCAGAAGGAAUUUAAGGAAGGACUUCAUGUCAACAUGGUCAACAGGAGAACGACUCCUGUUUGAAGUAUCUUCCUUCCUCGCGCUUUUUGAAGAAAUAUCGAAACAGAAUGGAUCUGUCGUGAAAGAGAAAGAGCGAUGUUAAACUACCCUCUCACCUCUUUAAUUGUGGCAUGUGUUGAGGUAGCAAGUGGAGAUCCUCUGGACCAACAUAAAGAUAUUACCCGCUCGUAGCUUUUUCUGAAGCUAGUCGGAGUUUGUUUCUUUCAGUUCUCGGUGUCACAAGAUGAAGGCAGUUCAUGUUCCGGCACUUUCGUAGUGUGUACAAAGUCUUGGAGAAACUGCAAAGGACUUGCCACUAGUGUGUUUUAAAGGAUUACAGAAAAAUUGUUGUAGGACCUUUUUUUUCUAAAAUUGAGAUCCCUUAUUGCAAACUUGCAAAUAUAAUUUAUCACCAAGCCCAAGGAUAAAUAUGAACUCCUCAUCAAGUGAGCCACUCUCCUUUGACGCAGCAUAAGCUUUGCCUCUUUCAAAA